GGCCUCCACGCGGACCGGUAGUCUGGUCACGACUCGCGCACCACCGAGCAUGACCGUACUUAACGCGAAACCAACCGACAAAUGAAUUCGAAAUUUUUAAAACAAUUAAAAUAGAAAAAAAAAACGCUACCGCGAGUUUCUUGUGAGUUUCCUUUCGUAAAUAAUUUCGGGCCCACCUGUUGGCCGGCCUCGUCUUGACAACGUCACGAUCUGUUUACAAGCGGGGACCACCCUAAGCCGUGGGUCAUGACGCAAUGUUUUAUGGCCGCCCCGUGCCGCGUUACUACAAACCGAAAAACAACACUUUCCGUUUCAAAAUAGAUUUUCGUAUUUCCGCACGUGACUCGUUCGACGCGUAUUUAACGCGUAAAUUGUCAACGGUUUUCAAUUAAAUUGAAUCAUAUUCAGUUACAACCACGAUUUUACAAACGCAACUUGUUUCCGAACUUGUAUCUCGAACGUAAACACGACGCGUCCUAUAGAACAACGAGUCUGUUUUCGGUCAAUUAGCCGUGCUAUUAGUAACGAGUCUCGUAACAAAGAAAGAUUUUGUUACGAAUAAUUAUUUACGCAACGUUAAAUACUUAAUUAGGAGCGAUCCGAAACCUAAAGCCCAAGGCCCGCAAUGAAUUAUCAAUGCUCGGUAAUGGUUUUGUAAUUCGAAUGCGAGAAUAAUAAUCCGAUGAAGCAAUGCAAAUAGUAAUCGAAAUACCGCUUUUAAUAAAUGAAUAUCGUGACUACGAACACUCAUUCAUUCCGAAAUGAUUAAUUUUAAUUUAACUAUUACGUCUCCUCGAAUACUGACACCAAUAACUUUCAAUUUUGAUAUUUCGAAACACAUUUGCGCCAUAAAUAUCGUAUCAACUUCAUUCGUUUAUCAACACAAUACGUUCGAACGUGUUAACGAAAAUAAUUAUCGCCUCGCAAAGUAUCUUACAAAUUUAAACUAUAAACAUUCAUCAUCACACUAACACCGCGUCCAAACUUACGCGAACUUUUCUUACAAACUCAAACGCCAUCGCGUUUCUAAGCUGCCAGCAAUUUUGUUAACGUUCAAAUCGUAAAAAAGAACUUAGAUUUUUGAUUUAUUAAUUUUAGUUAAAGGAGGCUAUGAGAAACGCCCAAAGCGAACUAAUUUGCUACCGAUAGCAUAUCAAAUACAGUUUUGAAAACAUAUCGCUAAUUCUAAACGUUCCGAGUUACGGUAACGCUAAGAACCAAAGGCCAUCGAAAAUGACAGUGGACGGAUUAACGCAAAAACAUUAUCUAUAUAUAAAAAAUAAAUAAAAACAGAGAUUUUACUGUGAAUAACACUGAGACAGGAGUGAAUUCGAACGGUGAUUGAAAGUGAUUUGAUUAGUGAGUGACUUCGUUUGACUCGGUGAUAGCGUAUGAUGUGACGAUGUGGCGAGGCAAACCGCUGCUCGAAGGCAGCAGACAGGGCUCGGUCGACGGCAAAAGUAAUGUUUCUAAUGACAAAGAGCUGGUACACAAGUGCCACAGCGACCCCGGUGGUGGACGAGCGUUGGGUGCAGCUCCAAGGACACACAGACAUCGAUCCGCCUCCGGUGCGUUGAGGAAAUGCGUUCUCACCCUCGACGGAUACUCGUAUGUUAUCGUGGCGAGUCCGCCGGGAGGCGCGGGCGCACCGCGGGAGGAGGCGCCACGUCCUCCGCCGCUCCCCACGCCCCGCAACGGCACCCCUCCCAAGCAAGGCGCGCUGACAAUCGUCCGCCGUUCUUCAAGCCGGAGUAAGACCGAGAGCUGCUCCACUCCUACUGACGAACAACUCGACCAGCUCGAUCUAGAAACUGAACACUUGCCCGCCGUCGACACGCCCGACGCUUGCGAUAAGGCCGCACUGAGAUUACGCUAUCUAUUAAGACAGUUAAACCGAGGUGAAAUUUCUGCAGAGACUUUACAAAAGAACCUACAGUAUGCUGCAAAAGUGCUUGAAGCUGUCUACAUAGAUGAGACCAAACCGGCAGUGGCGCGUCAGCAGUCGGCCCCAACCCUGGUGUUUAGACGAUUAGCUGAUGAAGAUGACGAGCUCUCUGAGGUACAGCCUGAUGCAGUGCCCCCUGAGGUUCGCGAAUGGCUGGCGUCGACAUUCACGAGACAGCUGGCGACCGCCAAACGGAAGUCGGACGAGAAGCCAAAGUUCCGGUCGGUGGCCCAUGCGAUACGUGCCGGAAUAUUCGUCGACAGAAUCUAUCGCCGGGUCACCAGUACCGCUCUUAUGCAGUUUCCUCAGGAUGUCGUUAGAGUAUUGAAGACGCUGGAUGAAUGGUCUUUCGACGUGUUCACUCUGCACGAGGCGGCCAACGGGCAACCGGUCAAAUACUUAGGUUACGAACUGUUGAAUCGAUACGGAAUGAUUCAUAAAUUUAAGGUUCCUCCGACAAUCUUAGAGAACUUCCUCGGCCGGAUAGAGGAGGGCUACUGCAGGUUUCAUAAUCCCUACCACAAUAACCUGCACGCCGCUGACGUCGCGCAAACCGUGCACUACAUGCUGUGCCAGACCGGCCUUAUGAACUGGCUCUCGGACCUGGAGAUCUUCGCGACGCUGGUAGCCGCUGUGGUCCACGACUACGAGCACACGGGCACGACAAACAACUUCCACGUGAUGUCCGGCUCGGACACCGCCCUGCUCUACAACGACAGGGCCGUGCUGGAGAACCAUCACAUCAGCGCCGCCUUCAGGUUAAUGCGCGAAGAAGAAUACAAUAUACUCCAGAAUCUAUCCCGGGAUGAGUUUCGCGAAUUUCGUACGCUUGUGAUCGAUAUGGUGCUGGCGACCGACAUGUCCUUCCACUUCCAGCAACUGAAGAACAUGAGAUCGCUUCUGUCCCUCGCAGAGCCAACCAUAGACAAAUCGAAGGCUACAUCUCUGGUGCUCCAUUGCUGCGACAUUUCGCACCCUGCUAAGAGAUGGGAUCUCCACCACCGAUGGACAAUGAGUCUCUUGGAUGAGUUUUUCCUCCAAGGUGACAAAGAACGAGACCUUGGUUUGCCCUUUAGUCCGCUCUGUGACAGAAAUAAUACUCUAGUGGCGGAAUCCCAAAUUGGUUUCAUUGAGUUCAUCGUGGAGCCCAGCAUGGGAGUUUGUGCAGACAUGCUGGAAUGCAUUUUGGGGCCUCUGCACUCCGGCAAUAAAUCCGGAACUAAUGCAGCGACUGAACCGACUAUUGAUGAAAAUUCCGGCGCCGAGAGUGUUAACAAGUUCAAGAUAAGGAAACCUUGGAUUACCUGUCUCAGUGACAAUAAGAAGAUAUGGAAGGAGCAGGCUACUAAAGACGCCGAGGCCCGAGCCAACCAGGAGCAGGAGGAGAACAUAGAGGUUCAGCCUCCACCAGAAGAAUAAUAUUUAGCCACAUUUGUAAAUAGCGUUAGAACUAGUUGUUCGAACAUGCUAAAAACGCUAUUGAAAAAAUAGUAAAGGACCUGUGCUUGAGUGUGCAAAGACGCUUUA